AUGGACCGUGAAACAGUUCGUAGCCGGAGCCGAGACAAGAAGGGAGCUCGCGGCAUGCGUGGGUGGAGCGACAGCGACUCAGACGAUGGCGGCAAAUAUCAACUGAAGGCUCCAACAAAGCUUGCGCCAGUGUCUGGAUGGAAGCAGGCCGAGAACAAAAAGCCGGCCGGGUCUCAGGAUAUCUUUCUGCGACCUGCCCCGGUGAUCUCGGGAAUCCGCUUGGUUCCAGCACCAGGCGAUGAUGAGGAGGAGGAGGGCAGCGAUGGUGAGAAGAUCCGCAAGCCUGUCGCAAGCCGAGGCAAGCCCUUGAAAGCUGCCUCUGCAGAUGAUCUGGCGCACGUACGGGCUCCAAAACAGGACGCUGCCUCAGACAACAAGGCCGCCCGGGAGGAUGGCCACAAGGCUUCGCGAAAAUCAAAGGAGGAGGACAAGCCUCAAAAAGCAGAUGAUCGAGAGAGCAAGAAGAGGCGAAGGGAAGAUGACCAAGGCGAAGGUCGAGGCAAGAAGGAGAAGGACCAGAGCGGAACAGAGAAAGCUCACCGGUCUGACCGAGACCGUCGAGAUGAUCGUGGUCGGGAGAAAUCUGGGCGUGAUGAUCGAGACCGAAGGGAAGACCGAGAUCGACUAGAAAAGACUCGUGAUAGGGACCGCCAUGAAGGGCACGAUGGUCGCCACAACAAAAGGCGAGAGGAAGAUCGCCGCGACCACGAAGAACGUGAGCGGCGUGAGCGGCGGGAGGGUCGAGACAGGGACCGUGGCCGUGAAGACCGGCGAGAUCGAGACAGAGAUCGGGAUCGAAGCCGCGAUCGGCGCUAG